UUUAUCUUGUAUUUAACUGAUUUACAUCCCACGAAUUGUGAAAAUUAAAUUGAAAAGCCAAUAGGCAGACACCAAAGGUUACUUUCAAAAGGAUAAAAAUGAAAUACAAUGCGCAUAUAGGAGUCAUUUACCGAUCAGCUUGCAUUGUGACAACACAAAUUGCACAGUAGCUUCUACAAUGCAAGAAUCAAAAAAUACCACCAAGGGAAAGCCUUUCGCGGACCCAGUUACCGAAGAAGACGUCAAAGUAGUGGUAAAGCGGGCCUUGGGUUGCAACGCGAAAAUCGUGAAUUUCCAACUUAGAAGCUAUUCCGAAGAGAAGCUUGGUUUUUUGGGGUCUCAUCGUCAUCUCGUGGUGACCAUUCGCCGAGACGAUACCGAAGAAAAAGAAAUCCACACCUUUUUCGUAAAAUCUGUGCCCUACGACAUCGAAAUUCAAGCGUCCGUCAUCGAAGACUGCAGAGCUUUUUUCAAGGAAACACACUUUUACAAGCACAUGGUGGCCGAACUCCUCGGCAGCGUCAAGGACAAAUCGUGGAUAGCUCAGUGCUACCUGGUGAAAGAUGACGUCCUGAUAUUUGAAGAUCUGAAAUCGAAGAAUUUCGCUCUAAAGGAUCAUUUUCUGGACCUCCAAGGCUUCAAAUCGGGUCUGACUGCGUUGGCAAAUCUACACGCGUCGUCAGUGCUGGCGGAAAAACGACUAGGCAAAACUUUCAACGAAUUGUACCCGGAAUUGGUGAAAGAAAGUUUAUUCGACAAAAAAGUCAAGUUUUUUGCUUGGUAUCAAUCUGGCGUUGAUUUGGCGUGCAAUUUGGUGACACACUUCGGGUUCGACGCCACCAAGAUUCCUCAGAUCUGUGAUAAGGCCUUUGAAAAGUUCAAAGCCUCCGAAAAGUGGCGCAACGUUGUUUGCCACGGUGACCUCAAGUCCUUCAACCUGAUGUUCGACAACUCGUGCGCGGUACCCAAAUGCGUGAUCGUUGACUUCCAGCUGUUGCGUUACUGCCCUGCCAUGGUUGACGUCUCGCAGAUGCUGUACUUGGCCACGAGACGGGAGUUCCGUGAAAGGUACGAGACAGAGUUGUUGAAACACUACCACGAGGUCUUUUGCACCAAUUUGAGGGAAAACGAUGCGGAAAUCGCAUUGCCAACCUUCCAAGAGAUCCUGCAAGAAUUCACGGACAUGAGAGUCGUGGGAGUAGUCACGGCAAAUUUGUACUUUCCAACGCAACAUUUGGAUGGAAAAAGAUGUGCCGAGUUGACGAGCACUUCCGACGGAUUCAACCAGCUUUUGUUUGGAAAUCGAGUAAAGUUAGUCUUGGAUACCAUGAAGGAAGAUCAAUAUUUCAACGAAAUCAUCACGGAAAUAACCAUGGAAUUGAUUCGGAGAUCGCAAGAAUUUUUACAAUUGUAACUCCACUACUUUAUAAUCUAUAAUAGGAUUGUUGUUACCUACUUUUGUAGUAAAACAAGUUGUAGUACGCUAAAUUUAAAAUAAAUGUUCACAAAUAACAAUACAAGUCGCUGCAUUCGUCUAUUCUCUUGUUGCGCAAGAGAUUGUUCGAAAUAAUUUACAACUUGGAUUUUUUUGUCCUCCCGUUCGCACGGAAGUUUUUAAAAAACAAAAGGCACCAAGUGUCGACUGAUACUCGUUCAAGAUUCCUCUAUUUGCUAUGCGCUUCAAUAUCAGCUCGCGUCUCGAACGAUAUCUCCUCCAUUCAAAUAUUUACCACGGUAUUGUUGAUUUACGAACGUUUUUUUUUUUUAUCCAAAGCGUAAAAAGUGCGUAAUCUUACCCGCGGUAAUUCUCUCGUUUUCACUCCACAAAAGUGCACGAUGAUAAA